GCACAUCCGGGUAGUGAUGCUGGCCUGGAGUGCCACUCAGCAUGAGUCCACAGCAGGAGGAUUCCGGAGCCUGAUCCGGAGCGCUGCGAUAGGAAAACAUUUCCAACUUGUUGUAACAUUAGCAGGCCUUAGACGGGGCCACGGGGCCGCGCCACGGGGCCACACUGUCCGUCCCGAAGGAAGGCGCGCGACAAGCACCUGCCAUCCUGUCCUUUGUCUUGUAGCACGGGACAUGUACGGCUGUCCUCCUGCUGAAGUAAGGACAGGCUUUUGGCUUACUGGGAGACAGGCCGGGCAGCCGAGCCGAGCCGAGCCGAGCCGAGCCGAUGAAGAUACAGAAGGAGAGGCAGCACCCGGCCCAGGAACAAACUACAGGCUUGUCUAGAUAAAAAGAACCCAGAGGCCUGCCACUCACUGAUGAAUAUGAACUCUUCAGACGGAAUGAUGUGUGUAUUCAUACACUCCGAGCUCCACACACACGUUAUUGUUCAAUCCUUUGAAAGGGGCCGAACCUGAGACAGCACGCGCACGUGUAAAGGCCUUGGCAUGGACAGUGUGGGUGGGGUGACUGUGUGAAGGCCUUUAGUGUGCUGAAGGCGUCUGCACGCGCACAUGUAACACACUGCUUUGAAAAGGGCCACAUGUUGAGAAAUGUGGCGUUAGAGCAAUAUUUAAUAAUCAGAGAAAUGUCCGCAGCUGUCGGAGAGGGCGCAUGAUUCCACAUAGCACGCACGCACGCACGCACGCAUUUUAAAUGUGAACGCAGGCUGCUGCAAAGUGUCCAGCAUCCUGUGGACGCGCUACGGAAGCCCCCGGGUCUCAGUUUAACAGAAAUAAGGCUAACAGUGAUGGAACACCGGCGGAGAUGACUUGAGCGACUCUGACCACCGCUGCCGUGCGCGCCGCACGCCCGAGUGUGUGAGUGGCGUGUGUGUGUGUGUGUGUGUCAGUGUGUGUGAAAGCCACCACUAGUCGCCCCCAGUGCUCUUCAGUCUCCACUCUCCCUUCUCACCGCAGACUGAACGUCACGUCCGCACUUGAACUUGAGUUUUCUCCCAUUGUAGAAGCCAGAGAGCCGCACAGAGCCGCGCACAGCCGCGCACAGCCGCGCACAGCCCGGGGAUGCGACUCUGCAGCUAGCACAAAGACAAACGAGGGUGGCAGUCUGUCCUCAGACCAGCACUGGGCUUCGACUUAAACAGUUAAAGUCUAACCCGCCCGCCUGACUGGCACUGCCAGUGCAGCAGAAGAAGUGCCCACUACUUGGCGACACCUCGAGAAGUGCCGAGCAGGAAACUGGAUUCCGAUUUUCCACACUUUCAGGCGUAAGUUGGCGUCCUGUCACCGGCUCUGCCCGCACAGGGACGCGCGGUGUCCGGGGCGGCCGCAGAGUGGACACAGGUAGUGCCUGGCCAUCAGGCUCUCUGCGCUCCUUUCUCCGCUCUCCUCUGACACAUGGUGUAAAGGCGGCGGACGGCAGAGCCGGACUACCCCCCUCCCUCACCGCCACUUCGACUGAAGAAGGGAGGCGCGCCACCACUUUGGCACCGAACUCCGACCGAGCGCCCGGCCACCCAGCGCUGCGCCAGGGCUGGUCACCGCUGCCCGCUGGAGGGAGAUCCGUCGCGCAGGGGUCAGUUCGGGGGCCACAUUUGGGGCCAGUGCAGAGCGGCGAGUUUGGGGUGGGCAGCGAGCGGCCGGUUUUGGGGCCACUUUGCGGCCGGUACACCGGAGCAGCAGGAGGAGAGCCGACCCUUCCAGCGCCGCUCUCCGGGCGAUGCCAGUGUAAAUGCCAGGGCGAUGUCCCGACGCAAGCAGGGGAACCCGCAGCACCUGUCCCAGAGAGAAAUCCCACCAGAGCUUGAGCAUCCAGAUGGCGGCCUGCUCUCCGACUCCCUACCCCCCCACCCGCUCGGCCUGCCCUCCCACCCGCUCGGCCUACCUCCCCACCCGCUGGACCCUAGUCUGGCCCACGCCCUGCCACCCGGCCUCCAAGCUGACCACGACCUGUUGACCUGCGGCCAGUGUCAGAUGACCCUCCCGCUGGGCGACAUCCUCCUCUUCAUUGAGCACAAGAAGAAGCAGUGCCAAACGCCGCUGCUGGCCAAUGGCUGCUACGACAAGAUGACCGACCGGGGAGGAGGAGGAGGGAGUCCGACUCUGCAGAGCCUUCAUCACCACGCACAGCGGGGGGAGCUGAGGAAGGUGGUGGAGCCGGUGGAGAUCGGCAUCCAGGUGACACCAGAGGAGGAGGAGGAGGUGGGAGGAGGUGAGAGGGGACAGAGGACGCCCACCAAAGGAAUUUGCCCCAAGCAGGAGAACACACCGGCAGGUGGCAGAGAUGAGCCUUCCAGCUAUAUAUGUACCACAUGUAAGCAGCCCUUCCCCAGCGCCUGGUUCCUGCUGCAGCAUGCCCAGAACACCCAUGGCAUUCGCAUAUACCUAGAGUCCAACCCGUCCAGCACAGCCCUCACCCCACGCAUCACUAUGCCUCCACCCAUGGGUAACGACUCCAUCCCGCAGUCCCCCCUCACCAACUUUCUCGGGGACAACAACCCCUUCCACCUCCUAAGGAUGACAGCCCCCCUGCUCCGGGAGCCUCCCCCAGGCUUCGUGGAGAACCGCCUCCCCAACACGCCUCCAUUCGUCAGCCCGCCUCCCCGCCACCACCUGGACCCCCAUCGGCUGGAACGCCUUAGCGCAGAGGAAAUGGGCCUCAUCUCCCAGCACCCCAGUGCCUUUGAGAGGGUGAUGCGGCUAACGCCCAUGGCCAUGGAGUCCCAGUCCAUGGACUUCUCCAGGCGGUUACGUGAGUUGGCAGGGAACACCAACAGCACCACACCACCGUUGUCACCCAGCAGGGCCAACCCUAUGCACCGACUACUAAACCCCAACCCCUUCCAGCCUGGGCCAAAAUCACCCUUUCUGAGCACCCCUCCCUUACUGCCGAUGCCCCCAAACAGUACCACCCCUCCCCAGACACAGAACAAGAUCAAGUCCUGUGAGUUCUGCGGUAAGACCUUCAAGUUCCAGAGCAACUUGGUGGUGCAUCGGCGCAGCCAUACUGGAGAAAAACCAUACAAGUGCCAGCUGUGUGACCAUGCCUGCUCUCAGGCGAGCAAGCUGAAGCGCCACAUGAAGACCCACAUGCACAAGGCUGGAUCCCUGACGGGGCGCUCAGAUGAUGGAUUGUCCACCACAAGCUCCCCAGAGCCUGGAACCAGUGAUGUGACAGGUGAGGGCAUGAAGAAUCGUGAUGGAGACUUCCAGGGGGAAGGCAAUGAGGAGGACGAAGAGGAGGAGGAAGAAGAGGAACUUGAGAAUGAAAGUCGACCGGAAUCCAACUUCAGCAUGGAGUCUGAGUUCUACCGGAACAGGGAGAAUGGCUCUAAACCGCCUUCAGAGGAGAAGUCAUCAUUCGCCCUUGAGAAGAUGGUGGAAGGUGGGGGGCUCAACUCUAUACAGCAGUACAAUAAUUUGAUAGUUGACAAUCGUAAAAGGAUGCCCUUCUCCAAGAGGUGCUUGGAUGGCCAGCGGGAGACUGGGGAUGAGGACUCAGUGGCUGGGGAGAUGGACCACCACCAGCAGGAAGAGAGGACAACCAUUAAUGGCCGGAACUGUGGCUCCGGUGACUCUUUCUCAGGCCUGUUUCCCCGUAAGCCCACCCCCAUCACCAGCCCCAGCCUGUCCAACUCCUCAAAUAAGAGGAUCAAGAUUGAGAAGGACUUGGACAUUCCCCCAGCACCUCACAUCCCCUCUGAGAACGUCUACUCCCAGUGGUUGGUGGGCUAUGCCGCCUCACGCCACUUCAUCAAAGACCCUUUCCUAGGCUUCACUGACUCCAGACAAUCGCCCUUUGCCACCUCUUCUGAGCACUCGUCUGAGAAUGGCAGCCUGCGGUUCUCAACGCCUCCGGGUGACCUGCUGGAUGGCGGCCUGUCAGGCCGCAGCGGCACUGCCAGUGGAGGCAGCACGCCUCACCUGGGUGGAGGCCCCGGUCCAGGCCGACCCAGCUCCAAGGACAGCAGGAGGUGCGAUACCUGUGAAUUCUGCGGCAAGGUGUUCAAGAACUGCAGCAACCUGACGGUGCACAGGCGCAGUCACACUGGUGAGAGGCCCUACAAGUGUGAGUUGUGCAACUAUGCCUGUGCCCAGAGCUCCAAGCUCACACGCCACAUGAAGACACAUGGCCAGCUUGGUAAGGAGGUCUACCGCUGUGACAUUUGCCAAAUGCCCUUCAGCGUGUACAGCACUCUGGAGAAACAUAUGAAAAAGUGGCAUGGAGAACAUUUGAUGACCAAUGAGGUCAAAAUUGAACAAGCAGAGAGAACCUAAACCAGGUUCUCUGUUUCCAUACUCUUUGCCACACCUUGACUUAAAAAAUAAACAGAAUGGGGUAGCUGGAUACUCUUUUUCUGAAAUUUUAAUUUUGGGUUGAUUUUGUGUUUUUAAGAAACUGCCAACUGAGAAAAAAGUGAAAACAGAGAUCUUAACACCAAUUGAAGCUGUCUAAACUGCCUCAUUUGGGGUUCCUUUUUAAACAAUCAGUCAGUUGAGUUAUAACAUAUGUGGAGCCUUUAACUGUGCAAUAAUUUCUGUAUUUAUUGGAUUUUGUAUUUUGGCAUGUGCAGGUACAUUUUAUUUAGGCAUUUAAAAAAAUAUAGUUUUAUUUUUAUUUUGCGUUAUUCUGUUUUUUAAAAACCCACAUGAUAUCCUGAGAGUUUUUUAAAAGACAAAAGUCCAUUUUAAGUAAUCUUUUUUGGCCGCUGCUUGUAGGAAAUUGUAUAUUAAACUAAACGUGUGAUUUUUUGAAGAGAAGCUGAAUUAAAUCUUCAAUUUGAAAGUGGCGUUAACUGAGAAUGCUAGAAUUAGUCUAUUUUGUGUGAUAACAAUACGCGGACAACAAUCCUUUGGCAUUGUAGCAUGAACUGACUCUAAAACAUGUCACUAUAAUUGGAUAUGUAGCACUGAGUGUCAUAUAUGACAGUAAAUCUAAAAUCCAAGAGGAUCCCAAGGUUCAUAAACCCUGUCUCCUCCUGAGAACAUCAUUACCAGCCAGAAGAAACAGAUUCUAGAUAAGGCAGCUGCUGACUGGUACGUAGUACCAAGCCCCGACAACGCUAUGACAACCACCCCUCAUUCCUUCUGAUUUCCACCCCUCCCCCGCCCCCUCCACUUACUACCAUAUUACCUACAUUCAUACAUCCAUGUAUUAUAUUUUUCAUGAAGCCAUAUGAUCUAGGCUAUAUUAUUUAUUAGGAGUAAACUGAGCAUGAAGCCAUGCAAGACGAGUAUGCACAGAGAUACACAGAAGAAUGAGACAAGAGACAUCUCAGGGUGAGCUAUACUACUUUUCUUUAUUUACCCAUUCAGUCCUGUUUCCAGAAGCAUUUCCAUUUCAUCAUAUGUUGAAAUAAUUAGGGACAGUUGUGUCCUCUACGGCAUCCUUUGCUGCCCUCUGUCCCCCCUACCAGGCUAAUAUCCAAGCUGUAUCCUCAUAUGAAAGUGAUUAUACUCAUUUAUAUUUAAAGUCACUGCUUCUAAUUAUACCAUUAAUUAGUUUAGAGAGGGUUACAUAUAUGUGCAUACAUGGCAGAUGCCACUACUUUAACUAGAUUUUUUCAGAAAAUUUAAUUCUCAGAUUUUAUUGUCGACAUUUAUAAAAAUCAACAUCCCUAUGCAUUUUUUUUUGUGCUAAAAUAUCUUACAAUUUGUACAGUGAAUUUUGGCUAUAGUGAUUCUAUAACUGUAUAAUCUGAAUAAUGAAGUCACCUCUCCAGGAAUAGGAAUCCUUCAAAGUUUCACUGUGUGUUGCAGGACAGUUUUUUGUAGGAGAGGAGAAAUAUAUCAGUGUGUGCUGAAAUAGUAAGAAAAGCAGCAUCAGUUCGCUCCAUGCCCCUUUGUUUGUUUUAAUAUCAUAACCCCAGUUUUCGUUUGGCCCCAUCCACCUUCAUUGUGGCACUUUUUUAUUUUUAAAUCAGAUCUGAUUUGAAUGCUGUCAAUGUACAAAUUCAGAGCUCCUAACAACAGACCCACACUUUAUGAUUUCUCCGUCAGACACACACACAUAGAGCUGGACAGGAAAGGUACUGAAGGGUCUAGAGCUUGGGAUCUCCUGACGCUGAAGUGCCCAGGGUUGUUAGGCGAGGCUUUCCCAAUGCUGGCACUAUAAAAUUGAAAACAAAAAUUAUAAUUUAUUUGGGACAGUUUUUGUACUGCCAUACAAUUUGACAUGAGUGUGCCUUGAAUAAUGAUCUUCCUGUUUAUUGUCUCAGACAAAUGCAACACUUUUUAUGAAGCAUCAAAUUGAAUAAAAAAAAAGUUUAAUUGUGUUAACCUUAACGUGUAAUUUGACAUUUCAACAGAAUUAUUUAAAUUAAUACAAAUGAAACAAUGCUGAGUUUAGGUUAAGGAGUACCCAGCACAAUAUCAAUGUGUCUGUGUGUGUAUAUAUGUAUGCAUAUGUACAUAUAAAGGCACAAACAUAUAUAUAGAUAUAUAUUAAAUUCCUCACCCAUAAGGACAAGCGUCUGUCCCUCAGCAGAAAAUUCCAGGAGUGGACAAAAGCCACGCAAAAAGUCAAGGAAGAGACUCGACAAAAAUCAGGAAAUGCAGAAACUAAAAAAAGAAUUUAGUGCACUCUGUCUUAAAACAAGUUUACAGUAUUGAAACAAGUACAAGGGUAAAAUAAUAUUUGUGUGUAUGUGUGUUUUAAACAAAUGAGUAUUUUUUCCCCAGGUUUGCUUCUAAAGUUUCCCUGAAUGCCGUAGUGGCGAUGUGUAUAUUGUUUCUUUUCUAUUUCUUUUUUCUUUUCUUUUUUUUUUGGUGACGGGGUUUUAAUAUAUAUAUAAAUAUAUAUGAAUAUAUAUUACAUUUUUCUUGUUUACUGUAAAAGUAUACCAGUAUUUGUAAUAUUGGAGAAUGCCUGGGCAUUUUACAAAAAUAGAAAAAAGGUUGUUUUUUAUUUUUUACUUUGCAGUCCAAUUUAAAUUGUGGGUCUCUUAAACUGUUUUUGUCACUGUAACUGUAAAAGUCUUCAGUUUUAGUAACUUUUCUUCUGCCUUGGGUGUAAUGAAAUAAAAAAUAAACAAAUUAAAAAAUGA